AUUAUUUUCAUGACCAUUAAUGUCAAAAUAAGAAUGUUUAAAGUGUAAAAUAAACAAUUGUAAAUAAAAUAAUAACAUGAUACUCCAGCAGUAUAAUAGAUUAUAGCAUGUCUCUCAAUUCGGCACACGAUAUUUUUGAAAUCACACCCCUUCUAGAAAAUAUAAAUAUUAAAUUGUGUGCUAGAUGUGAAAAUGGGGUGAAACAAAUAUUAGCAUUAUUAACCAGUGAAGGAGAUAUUGUGCUAUAUUAUAUUUAUGGGGAAUUGGCACCUGUGUUGAGAAGAAUCCCUUGGUUUAAUGAUACUUUUAAACAAAUUGAAGCUAUUUGUUUUGAUCCAUCAGCGACUUGGUUAUUAGUAGUUUCUCUGGAUUGUUCAUUCUACAUUAUUCCAGCUCUGGGCCUAGUUGACAAAAAGCAGAAAAUUGAUUGCAAAUGGUCUUUAAAUGACCUGACAUAUUUUCCUAGACCAGUUCAAAUUCCAGAUUCCAAACCAACUAGUGUGAUAUGGUGGCAGACACUAGAUUGGAAUCAAAAUGCACUAGUAGGGUUUGAAAAUGGAACUAUAGUGCUUAUAAGCUUAACCGAUGGAAGGUGUUUGGGUAGUUGUAAUAUUUCAGAAGCUGUGGAGGCACUAAAUAUUUGCCAUGAAAAUAACUCUGAAACUAUAUGUUUACUGAUUAAUGGUGUUAGUGGCCAACAAUGGAGGUUGAUAUUAGAACAGCGUUCAACAGGGUACUUAUGGCCUCCAGAGGCACAUACACAAACUGAAGAUUCCACACGCUCUCGUCUCUACAGCCUUAAACAACUGGGAGUUGACAAAUUAGCUUCAUUGAAACAGCGUCUUACAGAAGCAAGAGGUGUACGUAGAGACAGUAAUAGCGAUACUGCCAGUGAAUCAUCAAAUACCGAAUCUGUUACUUCAAGUCAGUCAGUACCAGAGCUACUACCCCAUUUGUGUGACACUCAUUUCGCACCUCAGUAUGCCAGGAAACGAAAUUUAUUUACAGCUUUUUAUAAACCUACAUGUUUGUUAACUGUACAUACUUUAGAUGUAGAAUCUGCUCCUCUUUAUGUUCACAAAUUACCACAAAAAACCUCUACCAUAUUGUUAACAGAUCGAUUGAUAUAUACGGUGAAUGAGGAAUUAAAAAUGGUAUCGAUAUUGAGUUCUCACCUAUCAGAAUGUCGUUUGGAAGGAGAAACUGAAUUUAACAGCGACGCAUUAAUAGCGCAAUUCUAUAUUGAAAAUGGUAAAAUACUCAAACUGUUUAAAUCAUCUGAUUUAUCUUUUUCCCGUUUAAAAAAAAGGGAUGAUAACAGGAAAGACAAAACUUAUGAGUUGCCAAAAACUGUCGAUGAUUUGAUUAUAGAAAAACCGAAAAUUGACACUUGUAUUAUUAUUACUGAUUCCUGUGUUUAUAAAAUAGGCGUUUGUUGUUCACCGAUUAAGAAGUUUGUGGAUUACAUAACAGAAGAAAAUGACUUGGAGAAAGCUGAACAGCUGUCUCGUAUCUUCGGUUUAAAUAUUCAACAACUUUUAGAAUGUUGCGGCGAUCUUUUAAUUUCACGUGGUUCCUAUCAUUCGGGCAUUAUUCUUUAUAAGCAAGCAAAAGUGCAUCUUUUGAAGAGGGUGCUGAAAUUGGCUAUAUCUGCAGAUUGUCGAACGUUACUCAAAUUUGUGCAUUUGUGUUUGAGUGCUAGUAAAGUAGAUAUGUCCGUUGCUACAAAAAUACAUAUUGGAAAUUUGGCUGUGAUGGCAUACACUGAAUUGAUUUUAAGAUAUGGUGGACAUCAGAGAAUAUCCAAUAGCAAAGAUUUUAUGAAUUUUCUAUCAUUUGAAGAAUAUUAUGAUCAGGUAUUGGCCGUAAAUGUUGCUUGUCAAGCUGGACAUUGGAACAUAGUUACAUUGUUAGCAAAGUCGAGAGGGCUACAACCUGAAGUUGUAUCAGCUCUGGGACAAAUUUUACAAAGUACUAGAGCUCCCAAACCAACAGAAAAAGACUUCCUUUAUGCUCUCUCAGAACCAUGUCUGACUCAGAGUAUAUUAAUUUUUGGACAGUGCUCUCAAUAUAUAUUUCAAUUCAUUAGGUUGAAUAUAGAAACAUUUCCUUUGGAUAUUUUACGUCGUCUUACGGUACAACUUGAUCCUAGUCAACCAUGUGCCAUUCCUCUAGUCAGUAGGUUGUUCCAUACUACCAAAUAUUCCUCUAGUCUCGAUUCUACGAUUGAUUCGGUCGAUUUUGAAAAUACUGAUAAAACGUUAGUGACCAUAAAAGAUCUUAUAGAUACAUUCCUUGUUGUAAUUAUUCAUUUAAUUCGGAAGACUGAAAAUACAGGUUUUGAUUUAUCGUUGUUGGAUACAAUAGAACCGCCUGAACUUCCUUCGCCAAUCAUUCCUAUUAAAAAGCUUCCCAAUUUACAUCCUCUUAGCUGCGGUUUUGAACAUGCUGCCAUUGUUCGAAACAAUAAUGUUUAUACUAUGGGAGUAUCUAAUUCUGGUUGCCUCGGUUUGGGACCGUUAUUAACCCAGAGUAGCCCUGCAAGGCUUGUGCAAACGCUUUCUGAAUUAAAAGUCAAAGUUUUAAGUGUCAGUUGUGGAAAAAAACACACUUUGGCUAUUACAGAUUUUGGGGUGUAUUCUUGGGGGUCCAAUACAUACGGACAAUUAGGAUUAGGUUACUCGGUUCAAGAAAGUCCAUAUCCUCAAAUGAUAACCAGUCUUUCUUCUUGCAAAAUUAUAGAUAUUUGCGCUGGACAAUACCAUAGUGUAGCGUUGACUUCAGCUGGUAAGGUUUAUACAUGGGGUUGGGGAAUUCAUGGACAACUUGGGCAUGGAAACUGUGAUAACGAAUUUAUGCCAAAACUAUUAGACUUUCCAGAACCCAUUAAACAGGUAUCAGCUGGCCACGCACAUACGCUUAUUUUAGGUUGUGAUGGUAAAUUAUAUGGUUUUGGUUCCAAUGUUUUUGGUCAGCUAGAAGGUAGUAAUAUAGAAGCAAGCAAAUCUGUGAAACCGGUCAUGAUAAUAGUACCUUCUGAUAGUAAUACGCCUAUUGAAAAAGUUGCUACCGCUUAUUUUCACAACAUUGCUGUACUUAGUAAUCAAGAAGUUCAUACAUGGGGAGCUAGUCCACAAGAAGUACGAAUAUUCCAGUCAAAAAACAAUCAGAAACAAAAUUGCGGCUCUUUCAAAUCUUCUGAUUCGUGGAAAGCCAGUACACACAUAUUUACAGGUUUUAACAAGAAGCCCAUCGAGCAAGUUGAUGUCGGAUAUAGGCACACUGUAGUUCUACAUAAUGGCAAGAUUCUAUGGACUAAAAGUAGAGAAGAAGAAUUAUGUGUUCCAAAACUUGAACAACAAGAAGGCAUGAAUAGUCUCUUUUCUCAGAGAUUUUUACAUGUAUCAUGUGGUUUAGAGUAUACAAUGGCCAUAGAUCACACUGGAAAACUUUUGGCUUGGGGUAGUCAGUCGAUGGCACAGACAAUUUUGGGAAAACCUAUGGACGAUGAUAACAGAAAACUUGAGAGUAAAGUAAUAUUUUUCAAAAAUACUAGAAGAGUACUGAAAUUUCCAAAUCAAGGACAAAGCAACACCGAAAAUUUACCCAUAGAAAUACCUGGUCUUCCAUCUAUGGCGAUAACGUUUAAUCCCAGUGACCAGAAACUUCUAUUUUCUAAGAAUUAUUCUCCUUACGGUAUACAUAAAAUUGAAAACAACGAAUUACCUCUAGAACAAAAUAGUUCAUCAUCAUUGGACAGCAUAUAUGAAGCUCCCAAAUUUAAAUUAGGUCAAAAAACACUUCACUAUGUUUUAGAAACUUAUCAUGGGUUUUAUGAUACAGAUAAUAUAUUGUCUAAGUGUCUUGAAGUUCAUAAUUAUCAGGCAGCAGCAAAAAUAGCAAUAUUAGAUGGUCAUUUUGGUGACAGCCUCGGUUUCCAAUUAGUAGCUUUCAAAAGAUAUUUGGAACAGUUGCAUCUGGAUUUAAAUGUUAUUCAAAAUAAAAAGAAUCCAACAGAUACUAAAGAUUACAUUGAAUUAAUAGUAAGAAAUAUACAGGAUGAUUUUAAUGAGAAAAAUUUGGUUUAUUCUAACAAUUCACCGGCGCAUAUCUUAAGCACUAGUUCAUCUUUAGAUAGUAUUCGCCAAUGGGGUGAUGAUUUAGAACACCAAGGUGGCAGAGAAAGCCCAUGUGAAAUACCUGAAGUUGGAGAUAUUAGACAGAAUAUCUCGCAUUAUGUACAAUCAUUAGCUAAUAAAGAUAAUUCACCACCAAUUUCUAGUGUAUCGAAAAUGGUAUCAGAAAUUGAUAAUGUGCAAAUUAAGAUGAAACAGGCUGACGUCGAAUUUCAAAUUAAAGAUAAAAAUGUUAAAGAAAUUAUUGAUGCAGCUUCAUAUUUGGUUGAGUUUUACAUUAGAAAAAUCUAUAUUUCAGAAAAUCACAUCUUGAUGCAGAACAUUUUGUUAAAAUGUAUAGAAUUUUGGCUUUCUAAUAAUCUACCUGUGCCAGUUCUAGAAAGUAUCCUGCUGAAAAAUAUGGACAAAUACUUCUAUCCGUUGUCAAUUCUCCUUUUCUGUAAAAAUUUUUGCAAUCAGGACGAAGACGACGUAAAACAUACUUCUUCGGGCUUUUUGAAAGAAUUCUCGACCAAGUUUUGCCUUCAGCUAUGUUCGAUGGUAUUAGAAAACGUCGACAAGGUUUAAUCAUUAGUAUGUUACAAUGUUAAAUAUUAUUUUUUAUUAGAGAGUUUUUUAAUGUUAAGUCAGGAUGGUUUAAAGAACCUUUAAAUUAAACGAAUUUUUAUUUUUUUUCGGAAAAUAGAAACCACCGAUAUUUAAACCAUCUUGAACAUAAACUAGUCAAUAUAUGUUUCCAUAGAUCUCACUAAUUUCGAUUUUAAAUUGGCAUUUUUUUUACUUGUUUUAUUUUCUCUGACUAGGUCUUAAUUUUGUAGCGUUGUUAUUAAAAGUAGACACCUUGUUGUUCCAGAAUUAAAAUUAAGUAGUAGAGAGAAAGUAUGAAAAACCCAUUCCAGAAUAUAUAUAUAUAUAUAUAUAUAUAUAUAUAUAUAUGAAUUGUAAAGAAAUCUGCAAGCUGUAUCAUGAGUAGUUUUUUAUUGGGAACGUGGCAAGGAAACACCAAAGUGGACUAACUUCAAUAUAUUUUCCGAGCUUUCGAAUAUUUAUGUAUUCAUCAUCUGGGAAAUAAUUAAUUAAGAUUUCCGGGGAUUUUGAUGUUAUUAAAGCUUGUAAAAAUUUUUAAACUCAUGGAAUUCAAUAUAUAUAUUUAUAUAUAUAUAUAUAUAUAUAUAUAUAUAUAUAUAUAUAUAUAUAUAUAUAUAUAUAUAUAUAUAUAUAUAUACCAAAUUGGACUAACUUUAAUAUAUUUCAAAUACAUAAGUAUUCGAAAGCACGGAAAAUAUAUUAAAGUUAGUCCACUUUGGUGUUUCGUUCCCACAUUCCCAAUAAGAAACCGCUCAUAAUAUAGCUGGCAAAGACUUUUACCACCUUCGACAAUUCCUCCAAAGUUUUUCUAUUUUUUUUUGUCCUCUGUAUUUGGCUUAAGCAUUUCUUUCUUGUCAUUCCCUUUUUAUAGUGUGUUAUCAUAUUGAUGGUAUUUUAAUCUAUUUUCUAAAUACUGCGAUGCCUGUUGGAUGUAUAGACAACGUCACUUCUUUUGUUUUCGGGUGUUUUAGAAAAAUAUUUUAUGUUUUGUUUCUUUAUUAAUUAUAGAAUCUGUUUAUCCUUUUCUUGCAUUUUUCUUCUCUAUUCAAAAAGACAAAAUCUGAAAACCACAAUUAUUCAAGUGAUGUAAUAAAUAUCUAGAAAGUAUCCCUUAUGCUGGAAACUACUUGUGUGUAUUACAAUUUCGUUGAUAACUCAUCUGAUUAUCCUUUUCAGUAGCUACAUCGACGGUGCGUAUAGAUAAAGAUACUUUGCAAAAGUUAAUUAGAAUCACAUUUUUCCGCAUUUAAGACUAGAGCCACAACAGGGUCAUGAAUUCAGUUAUUUGCAGUUCUAUUGCAAUGCAAAAGUUUUUUAUUUCAUCAUUAUUUAUUUUUGUUCUAAAAAUCACAAAACCACUUGAGGUGAAUUGAUAAGAAUAAAUGAAAAAUAAAAUAAUGGUUGCAUUAAGCAAAUGAAACUGUUGUACAAAUCUAGCGAAAUUGUUCGGUGAAAGAUAUGUUACAAAUUCAACACGUUCUGGAGCGGACGCCAUGUUUCCCAUGUUUCGGAGCGGUAUUAAUUUGUGUUAGAUAGCGGUAGCGGAAGAGAAAUUUAUUAAGUACAUAAAUAAUUUGUGUUGAAAUAUAAAGACAGUUUUUAUAUGCAUAUAAAAAUUGGAUAUGUGAUGAAUACACCUCGUAAUUCUUUGAAAAGUAACUAGACAAAGUACCUCUACAUUUAACACUUGUCAAGUUCAAUGAAAGCAUCCGUAGGUUUUGAAAAUAUAUCUGUCAUAAACAAACACGACAAAGAAAAUAAAAAAGAGUUGACAGCGAACGCUCAACAACGCAUCAACCGGCAGGUAGCACUACGCUACGUCCGCUGAAUGCAACCAUUCAUUCCGCAUUCAUCGGACUUAGCGCUACUGCUACCUACCGGAAGGGAUAGUGAUCUGGAACGUGUUCAACUUUCGAUGACUAGCCGUUUUGACUUAUUUAAGUUGUUAAUUUUUGAUAUGUGUUUUUUAUAUUUUUGUUUAGUGUAUUCAAACGAAAUUAUUUUUAUUAAACUUAACAAGUGUUCAUUAUUUGGUGGUGCUUUGUCUAUUUUGUUUUUAAGAAUUACGAUGUGUAUCCAGCAUUUACUAACUUUUAUAUGUAUAUAAAAACGGAUAUUAUAAUUCAAAACUAAAUUACACGAUUAAAUAUGCAAUUAAAUCAUCUCAUUCUCUUGACCGAAUUUAAUAAUUUUUCUUCUAAGAACUUAACGAUCACAGAACACAGUUGAUUUAACAAAUUUCUUGUUUUGUUUUGUCUCAGUUUUUGUUCACUUUUCUCACAUUUCAGCUCCGCUACCGUUACCUAGAACAAAUUAAAAGCGCUUCGAAACAUGGUGUCCGAUCCAGAACGUAUUGAGAUGGUAGCGUAUGUGUCUCAGAACUACUCUGCUAGGGUUGUACAACAGUUGCACUGUUAUUACAUUGUUGGUAUUCAAUUGAAUCCUCCUAAUAUAAUAGGUAGAAUGAAUAUGACAGAAACUAUUUUUAGAACUUUUUAUUUUAAGCUACUGUAUGUAACUUUUAUACUUUUUCUUUCACGCUUAUAUUAAAAUUAUAAAAAAUAAUUAGGGAAAUCUUCAGCACAAAUAACUUACAUAAUCAUUUUUUUUUUCAAAUGAAAUACCUGUCAAUUUCUCAAAAUUUUAAUCAUUGAAUGUAUGUCUACUUUAGUUGUAAUAAAUAUUAUUUAAGAAUAUAUUUUCUUAUUUAAAAAAUGUCGGAACUACGUGAAAAUGUCAAGUUUUGAAAAUUAAUAUUGAAUGUCUUUAAUAGAUAUUGCUUGGGAUUUCCUCAUCCUACUACAAUGCCGCUAGCAGUUUUCCAAAAUUUUAUAAAAUAUUUUACUUCUAUUAACAUACGAAUUUGUGUAUUCCAAUGAAACAGUAUUAUUUCAAUAAAUAAAUCUAUAAAAUAUAUUCUUGAAUAAUGAAACACAAAAUAUUUCAAUUAAAUGCAUUUUAUGGGUACUGAACACACAGUUUAUUACCACUAUGUCGACACUCACAAUUAUACUUUCUAAUCCUUCCAUAGGUUGUUGGUUCAUAUCCAACUCGAAGGACUGGACAGUGUUAUUGUGUAAUUUUGAGUGAUCUUAUAAGGGUAGUAUGAAUAUCACUAACUGUUUCAAAAAUAACAAGUAAGCAUUUCAUGGACUUUAUACUUAACAAUAUUUUCGGUACAGUAUUGGUUUAGUACUAACAGAAACAUAUCAACUAAAUUUAUAUCCCAAAUUAAACAAUUUGUAUAAGUAACCUUGACUAUUAAGUCAUUACUGACUGUCAAUCGCACAUAACUAAAAUUUAUACAUAAACGAAGAUAAUACAUUUGGGAUAUACAUUUAUGAUGAUAUUUACUCCAAAUUUAAAGUUACUUGUGUUCAAUCAUAUCCGAAAAUAAUUUAAAAUUGAAUACUUUAUAUAAAUAUGUAGAAUGUUUCUAAAAUAACUUUUCAUCUAGACAAUUUUGCAAAUAACUUAUGAUGGAUAUUUUGAGAAACACGAUAGCCCUUAAUAUAAACUAAAUAUUCCUUCUAGAUAAAUUGUUAAGGUACAUAUACAAGAGAUCAUGCACUCUCCGCAUAACGAAACAUAUGGGCACAAAUAUAAAUGUAGCACUCUCGACAUGAAUAUUUGUUGCUUUGUAGUAUGUAGUGUUUAGAAAUAUUUACAUUUCGUUAGUUAGAUAUGAGUUUUUGACAAUUAAGUGUUUAAAAACAACGUUUAAGUAUCAAUAACAUUAGAGUAUUUUGUAGACUCGUUUUGGCUUUACAGCCACUCUGCACCUAUACCUUAAAGAUAUUUUAUAAAAGACUCUCAAUCUUAUUAUUCUGCUUCUAAAACACGUAGACUCCUCCCAAAGGUUUUUGUGUCCCACUUCCCAAGGAAUUAGUACUACUCCUUCGAGGUACUUAAGCCUUUUAUCGAAAUGGACAGGAUAUUCGCAGAGUAGAUCCGCCACUGUUUCCAUGGCUUGCUCGCAGAAUCUGCAGUUGUCGUCCUCUGCCUUGACUAUCGUCUUAAAGUUGUAUUUGACAGGGUAAUAACCUGUCAAAAGACCGACCACCAGUUUCAUGUCGUUUCUAGUCACCACGAGAAAUUCUCCAGACUUCUUAGCUGAUAUGCUUAUUUUGGAUUAUCUCAGACCUAGAUUUUUUCUCCGGUAAGAUUCCAUCUGUGUUUUAUCUAUCCAAUCUGUCCGUUAUUGAUUUGGCAUCUCAUACAAGAGCGGAUCCAGCUUUGGCGCCAGAAGGAGGUCACAUAGUCGUGGUCAAAUCAAGAACUUAUAAAUUAAUUUUGAUAAUAAUAGAUAAAAGUAAAACGUAGAUAUUUUAUCAAUGUACGUAAAUACUGCACUUAAAAAUAUUUAUUCUUUAUUGUACACCUGAAAAACUUAACACACAAUAACUUGUACAUAUACACGUACAUAUUGCCAUCUUUUCUUGAAGAUAUCCGCAAAAGUGUAGAGGUAGAAACAGACAAAAUACAUGGGUACGUUUUUAUAAACGUGCCAGUCCGAUUAUGCGAUCUUCAACCAUUGAAGAUCUUAGCCACGAAUAAAUUCUGCGCAACGUAGAGAUGCUGCUUCCUGGUAUCACCUGGUGGCCAUAUUAAGGUUACUUUUUUGUUAGCUAAUGCUUUUAGAGUUUGAUUACACUCCCACACUAGAUUGGACGUGCAUUCAAUAGCUUUUAGAACCUUUAAGAUCGCUUGGCUAUCUGAGAGAAUGUGAAUGUGCUUUUUAAAGAGGUUUCUAUUCAAACACUCCUUAGCACAUUUGUUCAUUCCUAGCAGCUCUAUCUGAAAAACUGGUGAGUGAUAUUCCUAGAGUCAUUAUUGGCAAUCGUUAAUUACCACUUCUAAUGGGAUAUUUUUGUCCAACAUGCUAUUCAUUUGUCUCAUUGGUUUGUCCCUGCCUUCUAUCUUUAUCAUAAUUCUUAAGCGACCUGUCAGAUUUUCUGGCUUUAGUUUUACUGAACGCCUCUUUCUUCACUUUAAGUUGAAGAGGAGGUAGGUUCAGUAACGCCUCUAAGGCUGUGAUGGAGCAGGUCGAAAUUGCUCCUGUGAGAACUAGACAGAUUAGCCUUAGUGAUCUUGUUCAGUUUUUCUCUGAGCUGUUGUUUGUUCGGUUAACAAGCACUGCGUAUGUAAUCAUGGAUUUGUUGACUGGUAUAUUCAGUAUACCAUCUUGUCUUGUCUUGCCAACAAGCUUGCAACAAGUCCAUACAGCCGCAGUGGAUUUUGAAAUUACCUUGUCUAAGUGAUUUUUUCAAGUAAGUAUUUUAUCCAGGAUGAUAUUAACAAGUAUGAAACUCCUAAAAAAAUUUGAAUGUCAUAUAUUUAUUUCUAUAUUUCGCUCUAGAAUUUUCUGGUUCUCAUCUCAACUCCUUGUCUCAAACAUACUGAUCUCCAAACCAAAGCUGUAAUCAAUUCACUUUCAGUACUGUUGCUCCAUAAAUAUGUAUUUUCUUCAACUCAAUCAAGUAAUAUCACCAGGAUGAUGGUGCAUGAAAUAUAUUAUAAAUUAUUUUCGGAUGAUGUACAAACACUCUUAAUAUUGAAUAAUUCAUGCGAGUAUAAUUCCAAAUUUUAGCACUGCGUUAGGUUUAAAUGUGUGAUGUUUUUUAGCUAUAUUUAUCAAAUCUUUUUAAUAGAAUUAAAGAGGUUUAUUUUGGUGAACAUUUUAUGUUUGAUAUUAAGUUUGUACCUGCUGUAUUGUUAUUUAAAUUAAGUACUAUACACAAAUUGGAUAGUUGUAUUUUUAAAAAUAAAAAUUAUAUACUCAAAG